AGUCACGUGGUACCCAGCUCACCAAUCAGAGGCGAGGACUCGACCGGGGGCCCGCCCCGCCCCUCCAGCUCCGGGCUCCACCCAGGCAGCGUCCGCGGGCCGAGCUCUGCCGUCUCUGAGGGAAAACUGGGCGUGAUGGCCACCCAGUCGUGCUGGGAGAAGGAGCAGAAGCAACAGCAGGGUGAGGAGAACCAGGUCGCCCCUGCCCCUGGCGGCGCCCGCGGGACUGGCAGUCCCCGUGCGUCGGUCCCCACAGUCUGCAGCGACGGGUCUCUGCCGGACGGCGGCGCCCCACGCGGCGGCACAGCAGGUUCCUCCUCCUGCGCCACGGCCGCCGGCGCCAUUUCGGUCACUGCUGACGCCCCGUGGCUGCCCUCCAUGGACUGUGCGCAGGAGAGGGGGCCUUCUGCCCUCCAGGCCGGCCGUGGUCCCCACGCAGAGCCGAGCCGCGUGGUGCCCGAGACGGGCCGAGGUAUCCAGGCCGCGCACGCGGGCAGCGCGGCCGCCAUGGGGCGGGCCACGAGGGGCGCUGGCCAGGCCCGCGGGCGUCCGACCCACACCACGAGCCCAAGGGACGGCCGUGGGAGGAGGCAGCCCAGCCGCCACCGCGACGAGGCUGCCCGGGCUCCGAAGCCUCCAGAGCGCUGUCUCUUUCCUGGGGCUCCCGGGCCUCAGUGGUCCGAGCCCUUGCCGCCAUCUCCUCCCAAGUCGCAGCCCAGCAGCAGCCGCCCUUCUCGGGCUUCUCCGCCGAGUCACGCACCGCCGCCUGGCCCUGCCCUUCGAAGCCAGGCCAAAGCAACCGGCCCCGCUCUGCGCAGCCGCCGCACCCCAACCGGCCCUGCUCUGCGCAGCCCUGCAUCUGAGCCACGCGAUGCUGUCCUCCACCGUCGCCCUGCACCCGCGCCAGGCCCUGCAGUCCGCCGCCGCCGUGCACCCUCGCCCGGCCCUGCUGUCCGCCGCCGCCCUGCACCCGCGCCAGGCCCUGCUGUCCGCCGCCGCCCUGCACCCGCGCCAGGCCCUGCUGUCCGCCGCCGCCCUGCACCCGCGCCCGGCCCUGCUGUCCGCCGCCGCCCUGCACCCGCGCCAGGCCCUGCUGUCCGCCGCCGCCCUGCACCCGCGCCAGGCCCUGCUGUCCGCCGUCGCCCUGCACCCGCGCCAGGCCCUGCUGUCCGCCGCCCUGCUCCUGGGCCAGGCCCUCCUUUUCGCAGCCGCGCAUCCGGGUCAGGCCCUGCCCUCCAAAGCCGCGCAUCCGGGCCAGGCCCUGCCCUCCAAAGCCGCACCGGCCCGCUAGGCCCUGCCCUCCGCAGCAGCAGCACGACUCCAGGCCUUGUCCCUGGGAGCCGCGCCACCCAGAGAAGAUCAGCCGCUUGCAGCCGCCCCUCUCUGCCUGGGCCUGCUGGCCAGGGUCCUCCUUCUUCCCCUGGGUUCGCCCUUCGAAGGCCUGCCCUGCACAGCAGCUCAAGCUUUCCUGAUGCUGAGGUCCCAAGCCUUGCUCCCCAGCCCCGUUGGCGUGCAGUCCGUAUGCGCGCCUCCUCACCCUCACCUCCUGGUAGGUUCUUUCCUUUACCUGCGCAGUGUGGUGAGAGCUUCUCCUCCUCCUCCUCCUUCUCUUCUUCCUCCUCCCUCUCCUCCCCGACUGGGUCUCCUGACCAGAGCCCCUCCUCCUCCCUCACUAAUUUUUCUGGCCAGAGCGCCUUGUCCUCCUCCUCUAAGGUUUCUGGCCUGGGCUCCAUCUCCACCGCUAGCCUUGCUGCCGUUAGGCGCUCCUUGCUGCCGCAGUUUGAGGCGCUGAGCCCUCUCUCUCCAUGAGAGCGGGCUGAAACAGGGAACACGCCUCGCCCCCCUACACCUCCUGUGCUGUGACCCUCCGUGAGCAUCCGCCUAAGACCCACAAAAGGCAUCACCAUCCACCCACUGCCCUGAAUGGGCUGCCCGCUCCGCAGUUACCUGUGAGGUUUCCAAGAGUUCUGUGAGCCAGCAACCAAAGUUAGGAGUUUUGAAGCCGCCUCUCCCCAAGACUGGACUACCCAGCACUAACCUGCUCUUGGCCCUUGAUUGCAGGCUCCCUUCUCCCUCCGAAGGGCCUGCCCUUGCCCCUGAGUUGAGAUUCCCCUUUUCCAGGUCGC